AUGGGCCAAAAAAGGCAGCGCGACUCGAAAAGCUCGAACUUCCACGCUAAAAAGCGGAAGAAGGCCGAGAACUCGACGGCUGCACCUAAUCCGGACGACGGCUGGGACGGUAUCGUCGGCGCGGACGAGCUGAACUGGAAGGAAGUAUCUCUUCCUGACCGUCUCGAGGAUGCCGGAGGAUUUUUUGGUCUGGAAGAAAUUGAGGGUGUUGAUAUAGUGCGAGGUUCGGGCAAUGGAGAGGUUAAAUUCAAGGCUGUUGCUGGGAAACCGAAGAAGUCUAUUUUGAAAAAGAAGGCGCCAGAGGACCAGGAACCCAAACACGAUGACGAGUGGUCAGGCUUCAGCGACGAGGACGCGGACCAGCCAGAAAACGAUUCCUCAACCGCUGUAGAGGAACCUGAAAAGUGGGACACGAAGGCGGACAAGAAGAGCGAGAAGAAUGCCGACAAGAAGGAAGCCAAGGAUACAAAGAAGAAAGAAGCUAAAGCCGCGAAGAAGGAACAGAAGGAGAAAGGUUCGGCAAUUCAGCACGAUACGGGCAUGACAGCCGGCCUUUCGUUUGCCGCUCUUCAAGAUGCGGAGGAAGAUGAUGGAGCCGAUGUUUCUGCUUGGGACUCGUUGGGCCUCUCUCCCGAAAUACUCACCGGCUUGUCCAAGAUGAAAUUCGCCUCUCCGACAUCAGUGCAGGAGGCUUGCAUACCUCAGAUAUUGGAGGGACAUGACGUUAUUGGAAAGGCUUCUACUGGUUCCGGAAAGACGCUGGCAUUCGGUAUCCCCAUCCUUGAACAUUAUCUGGAGAAGAAACGCGAUGAUGUUCGUGCAGAGAAUGGGAAGAAGUCAGAGAAAGACUCAACUCCAAUUGCUCUGAUACUGUCACCCACCAGAGAGCUUGCUCAUCAGUUGUCGAAGCACAUCGGGGAGCUUAUCGCCCGAGCUCCGGGUAUUAAUGCACGCAUUGCACUUUUGACUGGUGGACUCUCGGUACAAAAACAGCAACGUCUACUGUCCGGAGCUGAUAUCGUGAUCGGAACACCAGGUCGAGUGUGGGAGAUUAUGAGCACUGGGCAAGGAUUGAUCCGGAAGAUGCAGCAGAUCAAAUUCCUUGUCGUUGACGAAGCCGAUCGCCUUCUGAGUGAGGGCCACUUCAAAGAGGUUGAAGAGAUUUUGAACGCUCUGGACCGCGUCGUGGAUGGCGAGGUUCCAGACGGGGAGAAUCAAGCAUCGGAAGAGGAAUUUGAUGCUAGCUCUGAAAGACAGACAUUGGUUUUCUCCGCCACAUUCCACCGUGAUCUGCAACAGAAGUUGGCUGGUAAAGGGAAGUGGACCGGAGGAGAUGUUAUGGAUAAGAAAGAAUCCAUGGACUACCUCCUGCAAAAGCUGAACUUCCGGGAGGAGAAGCCCAAGUUCAUCGAUAUGAACCCCAUCUCGCAGAUGGCCGACAAUCUCAAAGAGGGAAUUGUCGAAUGUGGCGCCAUGGAAAAAGAUCUCUUCCUUUACACACUACUUCUAUACCAUCCCAAAUACCGGACACUCGUCUUCACCAACUCGAUCUCUGCCGUCCGUCGUCUCACCAAACUCCUUCAAACUCUCGAACUCCCGGUCCUUGCCCUUCAUUCAUCCAUGGCCCAAAAGGCACGACUUCGCUCGGUCGAACGUUUCUCUUCGCCCUCAUCCGAUCCCGGUUCCAUCCUAAUCGCCACUGAUGUAGCGGCCCGCGGUCUCGACAUCAAAGGAAUAGACCUCGUCAUCCAUUACCAUGCACCCCGAACAGCAGAUGCCUACGUUCACCGCUCCGGCCGUACAGCUCGUGCUGGCGCAUCCGGUAAGAGCGUCAUUAUCUGCGGACCCGACGAGAUGGUCGGUGUCGUCCGUCUCGCUGCCAAGGUGCAUGCCCACAUGACAAAUGGCAAGAAGCUGCCGCUGGAAUCAUUGGAGCUGGACCGCCGCGUCGUGUCACGCGUGAAGCCCCGGGUUAGCCUCGCCAGCCGCAUCACCGAUGCUAAUAUAGCGAAGGAGAAGAUCUCAGCAGAGGACAAUUGGCUGCGUAACGCCGCGGAAGACCUGGGCGUUGAGUAUGACAGUGAGGAGUUCGACGAAUCCAACGGCAAAGGGCGUGGUCGCGGCCGUGGUCGUCAUCAGAAGCAAAAGGAGGUAGGGAGCGUCAGUAAGGCCGAGCUGGCGGGGUUGCGAGCGGAGUUGAAGCAGUUGCUUUCCCAGCGGGUGAAUGUGGGCGUUAGCGAGCGGUAUCUGACUGCUGGGCGUGUGGAUAUCGAUGCAUUGCUCCGUGGGGAAGGCAAUACUUCCUUCCUGGGGCCGGUUGAUCCACUGAACUUUUAA